CAAAGAAAAGAAUCCACAUCCUACAAAUCAAGUCCCCACUUACCUCUUCCACCUCAUUCUCCACUCCCAUGUCUUUCUUGCCUCCCCAUGCCGGCGAUAGGAAGAACUCCGACAGCCAUGCCCGCAGCCAUCCGCACUCUCUGGAUCCUCUCCACAGUUUCCAUCUUGGAAGCUGUCGGUGGAUCCGGCAUUGGCGUCAACUACGGCAAGCUUGGGAACAAUCUUCCCCCACCAGCCCAGGUGGCACAGUUUCUUGCUCGAAACACUGUAAUCGACCGCGUCAAGCUCUUCGAUACGGAUCCAGCAACCUUGCAAGCCUUCGACAACACCGACCUAGCCAUUGAUGUCACCAUCUCCAACGACCUCAUCCCCAACCUCACCAACCUUUCCUUCGCCAAGUAUUGGAUCCAGGCAAACAUCCUCCCCUACAUCGCCGCCACCAACAUCACCCGCAUCCUAGUCGGCAACGAGGUCGUGUCGGCCGCCGACAAAUCCCUGAUCGCGAGCCUCGUGCCCGCCAUGCAAAACCUCCACACCGCCCUGGUGGGCGCGUCACUGCAACACAAGAUCAAGGUCUCCUCCCCACACUCCCUCGGCAUCCUUGCCGCUUCUGCCCCACCAUCUGUUGGGAGAUUUCAGGAUGGCUACGACACCGCUGUAAUGAAGCCGUUGCUUACCUUCUUAAGAGCUACAGGCUCCCCUUUCAUGGUGAAUCCGUACCCUUUCUUCGGCUCCACUCGUGAUACCCUCGACUACGCCCUUUUCCGGCUGAACUCCGGCGUGGUGGACGACAAUACCGGCCUGACAUACACAAACAUGUUGGAUGCGCAACUGGACGCCAUCUUCUCUGCAAUGAAGCUCCUGGGUUUCACCGACGUCGAGAUCGUCGUAGCCGAGACCGGAUGGCCAUCAAUGGGAGAUGCAUGGGAGGUCGGCGCGGACAUGGAUAGUGCUCGGGACUACAACAAGAACCUUGUGCGGCAUGCGGCUUCUGGCAUCGGCACCCCGCUCAUGCCCAACAGAACAUUCGACACAUACAUCUUCUCGCUCUUCAACGAGAAUCUCAAACCCGGGCCGACGUCCGAGAGGAACUUCGGGCUGUUCUAUCCCAAUAUGACGCCUGUCUACGACAUUGGAAUUCUUAGAACCGAGCAGGCCAGAGAUCAACAGGUGAAGCCCAUGGCAUCCGAUGCGAAGAGGUGGUGCGUUCCGAAACCAGACGCCGAUGUCAUGUCGCUGCAGGAGAAAAUUGAGUAUGUCUGCGCGCAGGGCAUCGACUGCAAUCCGAUACGACCAGGCGGUGCAUGCUAUCGUCCAGACACUGCACAAGGCCAUGCUGCUUACGUUAUGAACGAGUAUUACCAAUCUUUUGGAAGGAAUUCGUUCGACUGUGAUUUCGGACAGACCGGAGUGAUCUCCACCAUUGAUCCAAGCUACGGAAACUGCAUAUAUAGAUCCUGAUGAUAGCGUGGCAAGGAAAAAAGCAACUACAAAAAUGCAGUUGGCCUUCUUCUAAGCCGUGGAGAAGCGUAUGCUAUAUAUAGCGUAUAAAGUAUAAUACAUUUGCAGACUUGGAAGAACUUUUCUUCUGUAAGUACGACUCAAGUGUUUUCUUUUUUAACCAUUUUCUCCUAAGUUGUGUAUGUUGGAAUUUGUAAAGGUGUUUGGAGCAAAGUUACUAUCUGUAACCUUAAUUAUAUCCCCAUUGAUGAGUGUAGUUUACUAAUUAGAAAUAGUGAGAUUAUCCAUGUUAUAAUUAGAAAUA